AUGGGAUUUCUGACAGAUCAACCGCUAACCAGGAUCUGUCUGCGGGUUACCCUUGUGUUACUUAUCGCUCAGCUAUUUCGUGUUGUUCGUCGCUGGUCUCGUCUACGCCAUAUUCCUGGCCCGGCCAGCGCAGGAUGGACUUCAUGGUGGCAGUGUCGAGGGGCUCUCAGCGGUCGCUAUCAUGAGCAUUUAAAGAACGCAGCUGAUCAGUUUGGCCCUCUUGUUCGUAUUGGCCCCAAUGAGGUGCUCUCAACAGACCCUGUUGUGCUGCGCAACAUGUCCGCUGUGCGAAGCACUUAUACAAAAGGGGACUUUUAUAGCAGUGGCAGGAUAGUUCCUGGUGUUGAUAAUGUCGUCUCUGAGAGGGAUGAAGCAAAGCAUAAAUUCAUGAGAGCAAAGAUGGCACCUGGUUAUUCUUACAAAGAAAAUGAAGGUUUCGGUUUCGAGGCAGGCAUUAAUCGUCAACUCCUCAACUUCAUCUCGCUCAUCGACCGAAAGUACCUUUCAACUACAAGCGAAUCACGACCUCUUGACCUUGCCGAAAAGACACAGUUCUUUGCCCUGGAUGUCAUCGGCGACGUAUCUUUCGGUGAACCAUUUGGCUACUUGACAAAAGAUGAAGAUCUCUACCAAUACAAUGAGAUAAAUGCUAGUUCACUGCCGGUCUUGAACCUGGUAUCCGUCUACCCCUGGCUAGGAAGGGUUGUUCACCAGUGGCCGCUAAAUCUUUUGCUACCACGGGAGGAGGACCAGCUUCGCGAGGCACUUUGUUCGCAAAAGACUGUCCGAGGGGGUCACGACGAGGAAAGAUAUGAUGCAGAUGCAUAUCAGCAACGUAUCGCUGGUUCUAACACAACAGCACACGCGCUUCGGAUGAUCAUACUCUCCUUGAUCACAAAUCCAAACGCAUACCGCUCCCUCAUCGCCGAGAUUCGAAAGGUCGCCUCGUCAGUUAGCAAUCCCAUCUCCUGGGCACAGACACAAACACUACCAUAUCUUCAAGCCGUCGUUCGCGAAGGAUUGCGCAUGUGGCCGCCAGUAGCUGGUCUCGGUUUCAAGCAAGUCCCUCCCGAAGGUGAUACCGUCAACGGCUUCUUCGUUCCCGGCGGAACGCAAGUUGGCCAGGGGUUCUACGCUGUCGGUCGAUCACGGCUUGUCUGGGGCGAUGAUGCUGAUGUUUUCCGCCCUGAGCGAUGGCUACUCGCUGAUGAGGACAGGCUAAGAGAUAUGAUAGCGGCGUUGGACACACAUUUCGGACACGGGAAAUACUCGUGUUUGGGAAAGCCGAUUGCUCUCAUGGAGAUUCACAAGGCUGUUUUUGAGCUGUUUAAACGCUACGACUUUGCUAUAUUUAACGCUGAAAGGCCUAUCAAGACCCAGACUUCCGUAUUCCUCUUUGCUUCAGACUUUUGGAUCACAAUCACCAGGCGUGAUGAUGAAGAGAACUAA